UGUGGCUCGGCGGAGGCAGGCCGCGCGGACGCACGGCACGCACCGCCGUCGGUUCCCCAAGAUGGCGGCGGCCACCAGCGGCGAGAUUUGUUGCAGCGAGGCGCCCGCGGGCGGAAAACGGGGCCACCUGGGCAUCCCCGAGGCCGUGUUCGUGGAGGAUGUAGAUUCUUUUAUGAAACAGCCUGGAAAUGAAACUGCAGAUGUAGUACUUAAGAAGCUGGAUGAACAAUAUCAGAAAUAUAAAUUUAUGGAACUUAACCUUGCUCAGAAGAAAAGGAGGCUAAAAAGUCAGAUUCCUGAAAUUAAACAGACAUUAGACAUUUUAAAAUAUAUGCAGAAGAAAAAGGAAUCCACAAACCCAAUGGAGACCAGGUUUUUAUUGGCAGAUAAUCUCUACUGUAAAGCAUCAGUUCCUCCUACGGAUAAAGUCUGUUUGUGGUUGGGGGCCAAUGUGAUGCUUGAAUACGAUAUCGAUGAAGCCCAGGCUCUGUUAGAAAAGAAUCUGUCAACAGCCACAAGAAAUCUUGAGUCUCUAGAGGAAGACCUGGAUUUUCUUAGAGAUCAGUUCACCACCACAGAAGUUAAUAUGGCUAGAGUUUAUAAUUGGGAUGUAAAGAGAAGAAACAAGGAUGAUCCUUCCAAAAACAAAGCAUAGUUCUACCAAUUUUAAAUGUGCUUACGAUUUCCAAAUACUUUUAUUUUAAACACCCCCGAAAUUCAUCCUUAAGGGACUGAGUUAAGUUAAUCAUUUCGAUAAAUGAUGAAAUAUAUAAAAUCAGUAAUAAUGGUGAGCGCCAUUUUAUUUAUUUGUAAACUCACAAUUUGGUUUCAUGCAUGCUUCAUGAAAUUCUGAAUUAUUUGAAAGGAUACCACACGGUCCAACAAAGGGCAUAGCAUUUUUGACCAGUUCAAUCUGUUUGUCAUAAGUAACUUCUUUACCUGAAGGUUUGUCUAAAUAUGUGAGGUGCAUGUAUGAAAUUGAGUUUAGGACAUUUUAUAAGGUUAUUGUAAUGUAAGGGUUUACUUGUUUCAUGUUUGCUGAUGUGUUGUAUACACUUGAUGAGGUGAAAAAUAACUUUGGGGUGGGGAAGACAUGCAGCUGAUAAUUUAGCAAACAGAAAAUACAGUGAAAUCCUGGGUUACAUUUCUUAGUCAAUUACUGCUUUGGCAACAUCAACCCAUAAGCAUUCCCAGAGAUGUACUUUGGACAAACUUGAUUUUAAUCAAUUCUGGGUUAGCCAACUGAUAGCUACUGAAUUUUCUGCACUUUACAUACAACAGUUCAUGAUUUGUCUUCAGAAAAGAACAGUUAAUGGAUUUCAUUCAAUAAACAGCACAAGCUAUAUCAAGACUGCACAUCGUCUCGCCCCAGGUCCCUUUCACAUACACGCACACACUGUUUAUCUUUGCAAAUCUAUAGAACUAGCACCUCAAAAUGCUAAUAUCCUAUAAUACAAGAAAACCCCCACUUACAGCCCUUAGACAAGAAGACGACUAGUUCAAAUGUCUUAACACUUUUGCAAAGCCUCCUAGGUGAAACCUGUAUUAACUAUGGAUGGUCUAUUGGAGCACAGCUUCUGUUGUAAACAGGCUUAAUAUUUUUUUUUCAGUUAUAAUGAAGCCUCACAAGAUUGUUGCCUUUUACCUCUGCAGUUUUCUCCUAAAACAAAAUGCACACAUGGUGGUGAAAUUAGUGGUUAGUAUUUACACUGCUGAGUGACUGGUAAUACAGGUUUUGCUAGAAAAUAAAUGCAAAUGUUAACUGUUCUAUCUUCAUGUAAUAAACAAUAUACCUGUAAAGUUUUUGUACUUUUAUUUCAUGAUAUUAAAAUAGUGAAACUCAGCACUUGUGGCGAA